ACUAUUAUUACACCACUAAUCAAUCACACACCAAAACAAAAAGAUCGAACUUUCUCUUCUGUCAAACACAAAUAAUCAAUCAAUUGUUUCUGUAAUCUCGAAAAAGUAUGGCUAUUCAAGAUAACAGAAGCCACAGCGAUCAUUACAGGAGGCUCACUUUCGCCUCUUUCUUGAAAUCAGAUUCCUCCGACGCCGGCGACGAAACUUACCACACCGACGGCGAUCACAACCACAACGACAACAAAGACGCUAUUAGCACCAACAGCGAUUCUCAGCGUCCAAGCAACGCCUCAACUAGCGAUUCAUCAUCAUCCCCAAUCUACCCACUCUCCCCAUGGAACCAAACUUACUAUCCACAUAAUGAUAAUACGACGGCGUUUCCCUCUACUAAUCAGUCACCCUGGAACCAAUCUUGCUCUCCGUACCACAAGUCGCCUUGGAUUUACCAAACCAGAAACAGCGAUUUCGAGGAUGAUCCAGACAACGGUUUGGUCGGUACGAUGGUGAGACAAGAAGGACACGUGUACUCUCUUGCUGCUUCAGGGGAUCUUCUCUUCACAGGAUCCGAUUCCAAGAACAUCCGGGUCUGGAAAGAUCUGAAAGACUUCUCCGGGUUUAAAUCCACAAGCGGGUUUGUUAAAGCGAUUGUGAUAACCGGAGAUAACCGGAUUUUCACCGGUCAUCAAGACGGUAAAAUCCGGGUUUGGAGAGGCUCGAAGAGAAACCCUGAGAGAUACUCAAGAGUCGGAAGCUUACCGACUCUGAAAGAGUUUCUCACCAAAUCGGUAAACCCGAAAAACUACGUCGAAACUCGUCGUAGGAAAAACAAACUGAAAAUCCGACAUUUCGACGCCGUGUCGUGUCUUAGCGUAAACGAAGAUCUCGGUUUGCUGUACUCCGGUUCGUGGGACAAGACACUAAAAGUGUGGAGAUUAUCAGAUUCUAAAUGUCUUGAAUCCAUCGAGGCACACGACGACGCGGUCAACACGGUGGUCGCCGGGUUUGACGAGUUGGUAUUCACCGGAUCAGCCGACGGGACGUUGAAAGUGUGGAAACGUGAGCUCCAAGGGAAAGAGACGAAACAUGUUUUAGUACACGUGUUGAUGAAACAAGAGAGCGCUGUAACGGCGUUAGCCGUUAAUUUAAACGACGCUGUGGUUUACUGUGGAUCUUCUGACGGUUCCGUUAAUUUCUGGGAACGGAGGAAGUACUUGACUCACGGUGGGACGAUUCACGGCCACCGUAUGGCGGUGCUGUGUCUCACCACCGCCGGGAGUUUGUUAUUGAGCGGCGGAGCUGAUAAGAAUAUCUGCGUUUGGAGGAGGAACGGUGAUGGAUCGCACACGUGUCUUUCUGUUUUGAUGGAUCAUGACGGACCUGUUAAGUGUUUAACGGCGGUGGAAGAAGCAGAUGACGAUGUCGAUAACGGAGAUAAAGCAGAUCAACGGUGGAUAGUGUACAGUGGGAGUUUAGACAAAUCGGUUAAAGUGUGGCGCGUGACGGACUACGCGUCCUAAUUAUUUGAACGUUUAAGUCAAUAGCGCGUGAAGGUGUGAGCAUGACGGAAUAGUACGCGGCCCAUACCAUGUGAUUGUUGCUCUUUGUCGUAAAGUGGGAAUUGAUUGGGAGGCAAAUAGGUAGAUCUUGGUACAACUGAGUGACCAAUAAAGAACUGCCACGUAACGUGACAUUGUCUUUUCUUGUAAAGUUUAAGAAAGUCGUGUAGCCUUUUGUUGUUUAGAUUUUUUCUGUGUUGUUUGUACAUAUUUAAAUCAUGUGUAACCAGAAGAAGAAAGAAAGUGGAGAAAGAAAGGAAAGAAAGAUUCCGCUACAAUUAAAAAAAUAGAAAAAUAUUAAAUGUAACUUGUUUGUAUAUAUUUAUUGGAUCAUAUGUUUUUGUAUAUGGUUGGUUGUCAUCGUUGAAUGAAUUCCACCUUUUUUAUGGUUGUUUUCUUUAUUUUAUUUUGGAAACGGUAAGAUGACACUGCGACUGGAGAUUUUG